GCCAAAUGUCGCCAUCGAUCUAUGACAUUUUGUGAAGUUGAAUUUAUUGAUAUAAAGCGUUAAUGUAAAUAAUAAACAAUUCCAACAUAAAAGUCGGCUUCCAGUCGAUAUGUAUGCCAAGGGCAAAGGCUCUACGGUACCUUCGGACGCUCAGGCCCGCGAGAAGUUAGCCCUCUAUGUGUACGAAUACUUACUGCACGUUGGGGCUCAGAAAGCGGCGCAGACUUUCCUUUCUGAGAUACGAUGGGAAAAGAACAUAACACUCGGGGAGCCCCCAGGGUUCCUUCAUUCUUGGUGGUGUGUUUUCUGGGACCUGUACUGCGCGGCGCCCGAGAGGAGGGACACUUGUGAGCAUUCGUCAGAAGCUAAAGCUUUCCACGAUUAUGGUUUUGUUAACUCUGGCUAUGGUGUCAACGGAAUUGGUCACAACGCCGGCCCGGCGCCUCCAAACGACGGUAUGGGAGGGGGAGGCAUGCCUCCAGGAUUCUUCCCCAACUCCUCACUCCGGCCUUCGCCACCAGCCCCACACCCAGGGUCACAGCCGUCGCCGCACGGGCCCCAGCCGCAGCUGAUGGGGACGGGCCAGCCGUUCAUAGGGCCAUGGUAUGCGGGAGGGCCGCGUUCGGCUGUGCGGAUGGGGAUGGGCAAUGAUUUUAAUGGCCCCCCAGGUCAGGGUAUGAUGGGCAACUCUCUCGAGCGAGGCGCGGGCGGCGGGAUGCUGGGCGGGCCGCGCAUGACGCCCCCGCGCCCCGGCAUGGGCCCCAUGAGCCCCGGCGCCUACGCGGCAGGCAUGCGCGGCCCUCCGCCGCAGGCACCAGGUAUGCCACCAAUGGGUAUGGGGCCCAGAGGAGCGUGGGCCGGCGGCAGCGGAGGCGCGGGAGGGGGUUCCGCCCCCCUCAACUACAGCGGGGGCUCCCCGGGGGCCUAUGGGGCCCCGCCAGGUUCAAACGGCCCCCCAGGACCCCCCACGCCAAUCAUGCCAAGCCCGCAGGACUCGUCAAAUUCUGCUGCUAUUGGCCCAGGAUUAGGCGGUGUCGACGGCAUGAAGUCGUCGCCCGGUGGAGUCGGGGGAGGGGGGCCCGGCACCCCCAGGGAAGAUUCCGGCUCAGGAAUGGGGGACUACAACUUAAGUUUCGGUGGGCCGGGCGGCGACCAAAAUGAUCAAACUGAAUCGGCGGCCAUCUUGAAAAUCAAAGAGAGCAUGCAGGAGGAGGCGAAACGAUUCGAAAAAGACCCAGAUCAUCCGGACUAUUUUAUGCAGUGAGAGAAUGGAAACAAACGUCGCCAACACGCCAAAAGGAAUUACACAAACAUAUUUUCUUGGUACAGUCGAAAGAUAACUAUGUGAGUUGCCAAGUUUACUGAGUGUAAACAUAUUCGAUACAUGACUCUUUGUAUAUCUAGUAUAGUACAAUUCCGAAAUGAAAUAAGUAACGUAUGAGUUGCCAAGUUGGUAACUUAAUAUUUUGAAAAUAAAUUGAACAUAACUUAAUAAAUAAUAAUUAAAAACUUGACUUAUAUUGUUUUGUACAUAUUUAUUGGCGGACAACUAUGGCCAAUGUCAGUAAUGAAAGUGACUCAUUUAGUUAUCAUUAAUACAAAUAACGUGAAUGCAAUCUUAUUACCUGCCAAGUUACAUUUAAAACCAGCUUGGCAAGUCAUGCAUCAAUGGCUUGGCUACUCACAGGCGCGUAUAGUUUUACGGACUGAAAAUAAUGGUCUCUAUUUUUGAGUCUUCAAUUGAUCUCAUAUAUGAGGUUUUGGUUGGUUGGCGUUCGAUUUCUUUUGCGUUCCAACGAUCUGAGAAAUGGAUUCUUUAAAAAUAAGCUCUUCCUGUGCUCUGUCAUUCGCAAAUUUUAUUAUUUAUUAGUAUAAUUUAUCGCACUGUUUUAUUUUUCUUUAAUAAAAAAAAAAAAAACGAACGACUUUUUGAUGGUUCUUUUUGGUUUAGAGUAUAUUUCACAUGAUAUUUUUAAUGUUAGAAUUAUUUUUUUCUCGUCUUAAGAUAUAAUUUUAAUAUUAUGUAAUUUAAUUCAUCUUAAUAUAAUGAGAAUUUGUAUAUCAAGAGGUUUUUUUUUAAACAAAUAUUUACAAGAACUUGGCAAUUCACUGUGCACCUAAAACAUAUUGUAAUAAGAGUAUUUUCGACAUAAUAUUGUUUAGUUUAAUCUCACUAAACCGAACCUAUUUUUUAAGAUUUUUUUUCUUAUUCAUUUGAUAUCAUGGCACAUAGCACAUAUUAGAGAGAAAUAUACAAACAACUUUUAUAUAUGUAAAUUUACGGAUAUAUCGACACUGUAUGCUGUCAAAUAUUGCAAUAUUUUAGUCUUUUUUUAGGUAUUUCUAAGACAUUUGUU